CCUUUUACUUGUAAUAGGGUAUUUUUUACACUGUAGCAUUGCUACUUUUACUUAAGUAGGUACUUCUUCCAUCGUUUUAUAAUAUGGACAUCUUUGCAUACAGUACACAUACGGUAUGUACAAUUAAUUCACCUCUCUUGAUUAUCUGCAACCCUGUGUAACAGCGCCCCCGGGAAUAUAGUAGCUGGUAAAUGUCAUCCAGCGUGUGUGGACAAAAAUGGUAAUGCACCUUAAUCUACGUUUGCUUGAUGGAAGAAAACGCAAGGUAGUUGAAUUUAAAAUGUCACUGGAGAAGUCCCUGGAAAAAAAAAAGUCUGAAAUGAAUUUUAAAGCCAGUUAUUGGUCUGACAACAAACGCUAAACGUAUCAAUAGGUCUAAUGUUAAAGCAAACAACCGGGGAAUUAACGUUAGUAUAGCGAGUUUGUUUUUUAGUGUUGGUGAUUACGUGCUUUUAAGCUAAAGUUAGCAGCUUUGGCAACAGAAGAUGAGAAUUUUUGUCAACAACAGAAACGGCUAAUACAACAAGUGCACAGGGACAUUAUAUGACGUGAAUACUUCACCUCCAUGAAACAAAGGACGUAGACGUCAAAUAAUUGAUGCUCUGCCAGUCCUUCACUGCAGUGACCUUCAGCUCGUGCUUGUAUUGGUACCUCUCUGGCCUUCAGCAGGUGGAAUGCAGCACAUCUGAGCGGAGAUCAGUAUUGUUGGUCAGCGUGUUAUCAUGUCCUGAUGGGGAGUUCGCCUGUACAUCUGGAGAAUGCCUUCCUGCGCGACUUGUCUGUGAUUUUAAGGCGCACUGUAAAAAUGGCUCAGAUGAGGAGUUUUGUGGCUCAUGUGACUUUGAACAUCACACCUGUGGUUGGAAAGACACCAGUGAUGGCUCCUACCACUGGAGACGGCAGAUGGCAAACAUCACCUUGCUACCAGGAGAGGACCACACCACAGGAAGCUCCUGGGGACACGUCAUGCAUAUAGAUGGUAAACAGGAAGUUGGCCUCUUUGCAAAAGCUAAAUUGGAGUAUUCUAUUGACAAGCUAGCAGCUCUGGGAUGCCAGAUCAGCUUUUGGUACCAUAUUUAUGAUAAGUCAUCAUUACCACCACACUUAAAAGUCAUAAUGGUCAGAGGCACCAUGGAGAAAGACUUGCUGGAUAUUUCUAAAAGUAUGACGGAUGGCUGGGAGAAUGCCACAGCCUUCAUUGGUAAUCAGCCAGCAGGAUACAAGGUGCUGUUUUCACUCAGCCCUUCAUUUCUGGGAACCAGUGACAUCAUGCUGGAUGAUAUUAGCUUUGAGAACUGUGCAGAGGGAGAUGUCCCUAUAGGAUCAGACCAGCUCUCCUGUGAUUUUGAAAAGGACACCUGUUCAUGGUACCAUGACUACACUGCCAGCAUUUUGUGGGAAAGGAGUAAUGGGAAGUUUAACAAAGAACCAACAAGGAAUGGCUACUACAUGAUCAUAACACCUUCAUACAACCUAGAUAUCUCAUCAGCAGCCAGACUCAUCAGCUUCCCUCGACCUGCAGGUCAAGUCAUAUGUGUGAGCUUCUGGUACCACAUAUUUGGCAACAGCAUUGGUUCACUGAAGUUUAUUGCAAAGCAUUCUGGUGAACCAGAGACAGUUAUGUGGAUGAGAAGUGGCACCCAGGGAAACAAAUGGCGAUUUGCUGAUCUUACCUUCAACAGUGACAAACCAAUUCAGUUUAUUAUAGAAGCUGUGGUGGGUGGGAAUCAAGGUAGCAUAGCCAUCGAUGAUAUAACAGUGUCCAGCGCUGUGACUGGCUCUUGUCCGCCUGAGAGAGAAUGCACCUUCCAGGGCUCCCUGUGUGGUCUUCUAUCUCAAUCGUCUGCAGACUUUAGUUGGAGCCGGAUCACAGGGGCGUCCCAGGCAGCCAACUCUUCAGGCCCUGCCACUGAUCACACACUGGGGACAGCACAAGGCUACUACCUGAGUGCCCGCUUGUGGAGUCACCCUGUGGGGUCAAGAGGUACAAUAAUGACUGCACUGAUGGAGCCCACCCCACCUGAUGGAGAGUGCCUCAUGUUCUGGUACUACAUGGAAGGAAGUGGAGUGGGUGAACUCAAGGUUUAUCUUCAAACUCCUGACAAUAACAGAAACCCUGUCCAGCUAUGGAGCAGAAGUGGGGAUCAGGGGAAGCACUGGAGGCACGGACGAGUGACACUUUCUAGCCCUAAUACCCCGUAUCAUGUGAUUUUUGAGGCAGUGGUUGGAGAUGGACCAAGGAGAGAUAUCUCCAUCGAUGACCUCACUGUCCUUAAUGGUGCCUGUCCCUCGCCAGGUUUUUGUGACUUUGAGAUGGAUUUUUGUGGUUGGGUGAACAAUCCUCCAGCAGAGACCGGGGUGGACUGGGACUGGCUCUCAGGCGACAGUGAGGGUAAACUGAUCCCAAAAAGGGAUCACUCCACGGGUACUUCUUUAGGCCACUUUGCAUUCUUCGUGUCCUCUGAGUCUGGGAGAGAAGCUGUUGCUCAUCUGGAGAGUGAAACAAUAGCAGCUGUAGACCGAGCUUGCUUGGAGUUCUGGCACUACGCCAAAGGGUGGUUAGCAAAUAGGCCCUCAUUCGCUGCACUGACAGUGUAUGUGAAUGAGACUGCUGGACUGAAGUCUGUGUGGAAUACAAAUGGAUACUUAAAUGACACAUGGAUCCAAGACAGGGUGGAUUACAAUUCAUCAGGCCCUCACCAGAUUAUUUUACAAGCCAGUUGUCCUGACUCAAAAGAUGCAAGCUUUGCCCUGGAUGAUGUCCACAUCAUCAGGGAUAAGUCCUGUCAUGACAUCAUGCUAACAACUACACCAAACCCUGUCACCACGACCACCGCUGCUCCUGCCUCCGCCAUGGACUGCACCUUUCAACAAGGUCUAUGUAGUUGGGUCCAGGAUGACAGUGAUGAUUUCAACUGGCUGCUCAGUAGUGGACAUCAAGUCGACCAGCCCUGGGAUGGACCUCAGUAUGAUCAUACUGUUGGAAAUAAUCAAGGUUUCUUUUUACUGCUGAACGGAUCAGGAACUGAGGAGAGCCAGAGAGCAGUCAUCUCUGUCCCUGUCAUCAGCCUUACAGCACAUUACUGUGUUGGAUUCUGGUAUUAUAUGCUCGGACCGUCAGUAUCCGCCCUGGAUCUGCUGGUUAAAACAAAAUCCUCUGAACUGUUAAUGUGGACUCGCCAAGGGACCCAGAAUCCAGAGUGGAUGAAUGCACAAGUAACCAUCAGCAUGAACAACACAAUACAGAUGAUGUUCACUGGCCAUAGAAACACCAAUAGCCGAGGAUUCAUUGCUAUUGAUGACAUUACAGUGAGAGAGGGAGAGUGCAUAAUUCAGAGUGUGUGCGGCUUUGAUUCCAGCUUGUGUGGCUUUGAAAAUGAUGUCAGUCAUAGGGGUCAGUGGGGUCGCCAGAGGGGAACAAAACAUUAUGUGGAUCACACCUAUGGGACCGAAAAUGGUUUCUACAUGACUGUGAUGAUAACAAACUCUGAAGUAGCUCAGCUGCUCACACCAGAGCUCAACUCAGCUACAGAGAUGUGUGUACGCUUCUGGUACUGGUUACCUGCAGAUUCCUCUAACAGCCUUGCCGUCCAUGUACUGCGAAGCGGGGAGCUGGGUGAAGCCCUCUGGCAACGAUCUGGAGCGCCAUCUACGGGCUGGGAGGUGGCAGAGGUCACUGUGUCUUCCCCUGCAAAUUUCCGUGUGGCGUUUAAGGCACAGUAUGUGCCAGGCACUAACAUUACAGUGAAAUUAGAUGAUAUUUCUUUGAGGGAUGGGGCCUGCAGUCCUCCAGGCAGCUGUGACUUUGAGUCUGGAUCGUGCAGCUGGGUCAACAUCCCCAAAGAAAAUGGACAUGACUGGGUGCUGGCCAAUGGGGGCUUCCAGGGUCCACCUACAGACCACACCACUCAGACCCCGGAUGGUUGGUUCUUGUUGAGCUUAUCACUACACCACAACCACAGCAGUCUUGCACAGGUAGUGUCAGAGUGGAUCCAGCUGAAAGACACCACUUCCUGUCUCACCUUUUGGUACCAUAUGGAUAGCAGUGACUCUGGAACAUUGAGGGUGUACAUGCGUUCAGAGUCAUCAGAGGAGGAGGGUCUGAUGUUCCACAGCCACAGCAGUGGAAACGGCUGGAGCAGGUUCUCUCAGGCUAUAGAGCCAAUCAGUCCUUUCCAGCUGCUGAUCGAGGCAGAGGCCAACAAUAGAGGAUUUAUUGCCAUUGAUGACAUCAGUCUCACACCAGGUCUUUGUCAAGUGAACGAAACAGAGUUGGGGUUUGUGGGGUGUUCAUUUGAAAAUGGCACAUGUGGCUGGGAGGACAUAAGUGUUGGCCAGUUUCAGUGGGUGAGGGGAAGAAAUGCUACUGAAAGCAUUGGACCAUUUGUGGACCACACACUGGGGACUGAACUGGGCUGGUACAUAGGAGUGGGGCCUGACCAAGGGGCUCAGAUGAGCCCUGCUGCCUUACAAAGUACCACCAUGAAACAGGCCAGUGUCUCCUGCACACUACAUUUCUACUACAACAUUUAUGGAGAAGAUACUAAAGAGCUGAAUGUGCUGCUAAAGGAGGGCUCCAGGACCACCACACUUUGGUGGCUGUCUGGUAACAAUGGAGAUUUCUGGCAACACGCUGAGGUAAUGGUCGGUCGAAUCCCUCAGGACUUCACCGUCUUAUUUGAAGCUUCCAGGACCUUCAACAAACCUGGGCACAUUGCCAUUGAUGACAUAGAUUUCACCAACUGCACCCUGCCUGAGCCCCAGCCCUUUUGUCCAGAGAGUAAGUUCAUGUGCAACAAUAGAGUGUGUUUGGAGCACAGCCGCAUAUGUGACUUCAGCGAUGACUGCGGGGACUGGUCUGAUGAAAACAGCUGUGAGCAACAAGGUGUGAUGGAGCGUUGCAACUUUGAACAAGGACUGUGUUCCUGGGCGAACAGUGAUGUGGACACACCUGGAACUGAGUGGACACAUUACAAAGGACAGGAAGCCUGGCCUAACCAUGGGCCUCCCAGGGAUCACACCCACAACACUGCUGCAGGUCACUAUGUCACCCCUGGGACUCCCUUGGCCAAGAUAGGCCAGGCAUCAGAGAUGCUCUCCAGAACUUUACUACCCAGCUCUAACUGCACUGUGAUAUUCUUCUACUUCAGCCUGGAUGAUGCUCCAGCCAGACUGAUAGCCCGGUCCAGGACACAGUGGUCUGGUAGUGACGAUAGACUGUUGUGGCUCAGGGAAGAUUCACAGAGCUACAGCUGGCAAAGAGCAGAAAUCACGUUCUCCUCAUCAGCCAACAGCAAGAUUGUCUUCAGAUAUGAGCACGGAGAUGGUCGAAAGGGACUGGUUGCACUGGAUGAUAUCUCGUUCUCCAGACAGUGUGUAUUUGAUCAUAACAACAGCGCACUGCCUGACACAUCGCCUACCUCUGCUGCACCCACUUCUCUAGCCCCACCCUCAGUCUCAACUACACCAGUCAACCCCUGUCAAGACAAUCAGUUUUUCUGUUGGCGGUCAGCUGGAAAUGUGUGUAUUCUGAUCACCUUACAGUGUGAUUAUCAUCCAGACUGCCCACAGGGGGAGGAUGAGGAUGGAUGUGGUCCAUGUACAUUUGAGAAUGACCAGUGCCAAUGGACUGACACUAGUGAUGGACUGAGCAAGUGGCAGAGACAGAAAGCCAAUAACAACACUGAGCCACCCACUGACCACACUACAGAAACAGGCUACUACAUGAGAGUGCAUUUCAGUCAAGGGUCCACACAAACUGAGGCCCGGCUCCAGAGUCCUCUACUUCCACCUUCCUCCCCCUACUGCCAGAUUCUGUUUCACUUCCACAUCAGUGCAGAGAGUACUAGGUCACUCAGAGUGCUUAUGCAGCAAGCUGACGGGAGUGAAGCAAUCCUGUGGUCACGCAGUCACAACACUGUCUCCCACUGGACUGCAGAGUAUCUGCCACUAGGCCUGUUCCAGCAGCCUUACAAGAUUUGGUUCAGUAGCAUGAAUAAAAUGACUCAGGGGAGUACAACUACUGAAGAUUACAUUGUUGCUGUGGAUGAUGUCUCUUUUAUAAACUGUGAAAAAUCCUACCAACCACCAGCUCUGUCUGCCUGUGACUGCUCUUUUGAACACGGUCUGUGUGUUUGGAUGCAGGGGGGUGAAGAUGAGCUGGACUGGCUCAGUAGGUCAGGUCCCACUGAAACCCCAAACACCGGGCCUGCAGGAGACCACACUACAGGCAAAGGGAAAUAUAUUUUCAUCAAGAGCUCCCCACCAAGCGUGAAGGGGAAUAUGGCCCAGCUGAAGUCUCCACUGCUGCCACCUGCUGGAGAGAAAGGAUACUGUCUCACAUUUUGGUAUCACAUGUUUGGUGCUACUGUUGGCUCUUUGAGGAUACUUCUACAAACAGCUGAUCACUUUAGGAAAAUACUGGUGUGGCAACAGUCAGGAAAUCAAGGAGAUGAGUGGCUACUGGUGCAGAGUCAUGUGACAUUGCAGAAAGUCCACCAAGUGAUUCUAGAGGCUGCAGUGGGAGGAGAGGCAGGGGACAUAGCCAUCGAUGACAUCUCACUCAUCAGCGGAUCAUGUCUGGCCUCUGAUUUGUGUGACUUUGAGGAAGGGAGCUGUGACUGGCAGCAGCAGACCACUGAUGACUUUGACUGGGUCAGGCAGUCAGGUUCCACUCACAACCCCAGCACAGGACCAGACAGCGACCACACCACCAGCACACCUGUGGGCCAUUACUACUACCUGCCCUCAUCUGCUGCUGACGUCGCUGGCCAGACAGCUGCGAUGUCAUCACCACUGUAUCCUGGAAGCAAAGGAUCUUGUGUGCAGCUCUGGUACCACAUGUAUGGCAAAGGCGUAGGGACACUAAACGUUUACCAGCAGAGUGAAGAAGGCAAGGAAUCACUGAUUUUCUCUCAGAGGGGAGACCAAGGCCAACUGUGGAGGUUCGCCCAGGCUUCACUGUUGCCUCGAGUUCAGCCUUACAGGAUUGUGGUAGAAGGGGUGAAGGCUGGCCCCACCCAGGAGGGAGACAUGGCUUUUGAUGAUAUAGAGCUGACAGAUGCUCAUUGUCCUCCUCCUGGCUUCUGUGACUUUGAGAACAGCAUGUGUAGCUGGAGCAACCUGGGUGGGGAAGUCGACCAGGGAGACUGGCUCCGCGGCAGAGGAGCCUCCCCAAACCUCAACACCGGGCCCAGCGUUGAUCACACCACCAACUCAACACAUGGUUACUAUCUGUAUGUAGACAGCUCAGUGGGUGAGCAGGGAGCCACAUCCUUCCUGAUCAGUGAUGUUUUCCAGCCGUCCACUAGAGGGCACUGUCUCACAUUCUGGUACCACAUCUAUGGCAGCCAUGUUGGGACUCUUAGAGUUUUCACAAAUGACAGAAAACUGCAUAGUGGUGGAAAUGAAGAAGGGAUUCUGAGGUGGAUUGAGACAGGAAACAAGGGAGACAAGUGGCAGGAGGCCCAUGUGUUUGUUAAACAUGAAGAAGCAUUCUGGUUUGUGUUUGUGUAUCAAAGAGGGAGGAAUACAAGCGGGGACGUCGCUCUUGAUGACAUCACCAUUUUCCCGGGAGACUGCUACUUAGAGCCCCCCAUCAACCCUCCUGAUGAUAAUAAUGAUAUGUUGACUGUAGGCCUCGCAGUUGGUCUGACUCUGCUGGCUGGACUCAUAAUCUCUGUCUUCCUCUUUAUGAUGAACAGGAAGCGUUGCACAAUGAACCAGACAACAGUAGUGGAUGACCUUUUUGCCUGCAGAAUAGAUGGCACACAACAUGGAACUGAAUCUAACUUUUCCUUCUUCAACAACCUGUAUGAUCCCUCACCACACGAAACUGAUGCCGCUGUGACUUCCUCUGAUGCUUAGGCCUGAUCUGCCUUUCCAAAAUUUGGGCUCCAUGACCCAUUUUGAGUCAUGGACCUCUUUUAAUGGGGUCAUCAAUUGGCAGAGAAAAUGCAUAAUGUGAAUUUAUUUUUCUAAUUAAAAUAGAAAAGCUUUCUUUUUUUCCACACUGCUCUGUUCAGCUCAGAUGCUGUGAGUAGGGCUCUUUCUCUCUCUUUUCUCGCUAACCUGAGCUUGACAAGGGUUGAUUGAAAAGUUUGGGAAUUUUCCUUGUCGGCCAGUCUGUACUUUCCCCAAACUGCUGGUGCAAGCUGUAACAGAGAACUGUUGCCAUCACACCUGUAAAGUUGCAUUGGUAGCAAAUGAAACAUGGAGUAACAGAAAAUCUGGGGCCGCUGUUGCAGAAAAGGAGUGACAGAAAAAGAAAACAGAUUCGCUGAU